AUAUUAAGUAAUCAAAUAACAUUUGACGUAUCCAAAGUAUGUGCCGAUGGGACGAAAAUGUAUUUUAUUCCGCAAAAACAUUUGUUUAUGAUCGAUCGGCAAUGGUGAAAUAAGUGGUAUCGCGCGUUCGCGGUUGUGUGCUUCGUUUUACGUGCCGUAAGUGUGGUUGUGUACGACGACGGAGACGAGAACGACGACGACAUUCACGAUAGCAGGCUAGUCGCGCGGCUCGAAAGAUGGCUGUGCAAUUAGACACCAGCGGAAAGGAUGAUUUGAAAACGCAAUUUGCCACCCGCGAAGGAGAGUACAGAUUAAUGACACUGUCGGAAUAUUCACGGCCCAACCGUGUCGGGUAUCAGAACAAUCAGAGCAGUCCCCAGGUGCGCGUGUCGAUCGUGUCAUUGCCAUCGCCGCCACCACCCCCACCCAUCGGCGGUGGUGGCGGAAGUGGUGGUGGUAGUGGUCAGCUGGCCGGGACGAGUAGCACCAACAGCAGUAGCAACAGCAAUAAUAUUACCCUGCCGAAGCAGCAAUCCUUUUCGAACGGCCUGGAACAUCAGACCGCGUCCGGAUUCAGCACACCGGUUGGGGGCGAUCGGAUAUGUUUCAAUUACGGCAAGGAGCUGUACGUCUAUUCGUACCGGGGAGCUAAAAAGGCAACGGACCUCAACAAGCCUAUCGAUAAAAAGCUCUACAAAGGAACCUCGCCUAGUUGCCAUGACUUCAAUGCAACGGCGGCAACGUGUGAGGGCGCCCCACUACUGGUCGGUUUCAGUACCGGACAAAUACAGCUGGUCCAUCCGGGCCGCCGGGAACAGGGCAAACUAUUCAACGAAGAGAGGAAUAUCGACAAAACUAAAGUUACCUGCCUAAAGUGGAUACCGGGAUCUCAGAAUCAGUUUUUGGUUUCGCACGCAAGUGGCUGUAUAUAUCUGUAUAACGACGAACUUCCCUGUACGCCGGCCACCCCCAACUACCAACCGUGCAAAGCCGGCGACGGAUUCGUUGUGCUGGCCAGCAAAUCGAAGGCAACGAAAAACCCGCUUUACAAAUGGUGCUUCGGUCAGCAUGAGAAUGCGAGCAUUAACGAGUUUUGCUUCUCGCCGUGCGGUCAACAUCUGGCGGUCGUUUCGCAGGACGGCUUUUUGCGCAUCUUCCACUACGAGCACAUGGAGCUGGUCGGUAUCGCGCGCUCCUACUUCGGUGGCUUUCUGUGCGUUUGCUGGAGCCCGGACGGGAAGUAUGUGGUGGUCGGCGGGGAGGACGAUCUGGUGACGGUCUUUUCGUUGCACGAGCAGCGCGUAGUUGCACGUGGCCAGGGACAUCGGUCGUGGGUGUCGGUGGUAGCGUUCGAUCCGUACACCACCUCGUACAGCAGCGCACUCGGGGAGGGAGACGAACUGUCCGAUGAGGAAGUGUCGCUCAGUGAGCAACAACGCAAUCAUCAUCACCAUCAUCAUCCAGGCAGCAACUAUUGCCAUCCGGACGGUACGGGUGUCGCGGCAGCGAAGCAGCCGGGACCGGCGCAGUGCGACAAACUGUCCACACAGAAUCGAUUGGCCACCUGCUACCGGCUGGGUUCGGUUAGCCAAGAUACUCAGAUAUGUCUGUGGGACAUAACGGAGGAUGUGUUGCGGCAAUCGUUCGGUCGCGUCGUGAAAUCGGCAAACCAUACGGGAAAAAAGGAAGUGAUGGUAAACGGGCUAUCGAAUGGGGAUAGCGAGUGUGCGGCCGGAAAGUUGGAUAAGUGUGGUGGCCCCACCAAAGGCAACAAACCGUCAGACGAUGUAGUUGAUAAUGCUAGCUUUAAACAACAGAUAAUCCCCCCUACAUUAGGCGCAAUUGGUAAUAAUAGUUUGUAUAGCGGCAGCAUCAAACCCACUAGCACUAGUAGCACUUACGCUAAUAUGAAUUGUGAUGAUAAAGCUAAUAGCGACAGUAGCAGUGAUAAGGAAUCGGUCGAUAGUAAAACUGUAAAGCGAUCUGGAGCCGGGAGUGUUGGCGAUGCAGACACUACUGCAGUCAACACGACGACCGCCAGCAGCACCGGUGGUAGUAUUGGAAAAUCGGCCUCCGGUGGUGGAAAAAAGUCGAAAGGAGGAAGUAGCGACAGUGGAGGUGGCACGCAGCAGCAUUCCAGCAGCACGUUCAACUCGAUAACGCAACGCUUGACGAGUCUUAGCUUCGGCAGCGGAGGCAGCGGUACGAGCAGUACCAGCAGUGGCAGCGGUAGUAGCUGUGAUAAGAAUGACAAGUCGGCCAGCAAGUCGUCGACGGCCGGCGGUAGUAACAGCAAGCGCAGCAUCAUAGCGCUCGGUGGCAAAAGUUUUAGCAGCAAUAGCAAUAGUCUUAACAACAAUCAUCAUCAUCAUGCUGCGCUAAACAGUAGCAUAAUGGGCAACAAUAAUCCGGUGUCCGGAUCACCAUCGGGAGUGACCGGUAUGUCUAGCACGUUCACCUCCAUCAUGACGUCCUCACUGACGAAGGGCAAGGGAUCGAGUGGUGGUGCUGGUGGCGGCGGUGGUGUGAUCGGUUCCGGAGGUUUUGCCCCCUGCGGACGAAUCGUUUCGUCGUACGAUCCGAUGAAGCUGAUCGGGACGCCGGCAUGUCCGCGCUUCGACGACUGUCCAGUAUUAGAGCCGCUGAUUUGUAAAAAGAUUGCGCACGAACGGCUGACGGCGCUCAUCUUCCGCGAGGACUGCUUUCUGACCGCGUGCCAGGAUGGGUUCGUGUACACGUGGGCGCGACCGGGCUUUGUUAAUAUUCCACAGCAUUUAUCUUCAACACCUUCGGCACCACCAGGGGGAACGGUAGUGUAAAUAUUUUAAGUUAAUAUUGAAUGUUCACAACAGAGAAAAAAAAAACCUCCCUGCGC